CUACAGCGAUGCUAUCUUCUUGGAGACUCCUUUGUUGAGACAGGUAACUGUGUGGGUUAACUUCAAGGGCUUAGCGGGAAGAUCUAAAACCCAAAUGCAGUAAGAUGCUUAGUGAGGCCACUGCUCAAGCUAAUCCCCAGCUCCUGGGCCAGCAUCCAUUUCAGUGAGGUAGAGCCUCGGCCAAGGACGAGCAGAAAAUGCUACACAAGAUGGAAGGUUUUUUGGUCUUACUUCUCUUUGGUUAUGAAGCCACCCUGGGAUUAUCAUCUACUGAGGAUGAGGGUGAGGACCCUUGGUACCACAAAGCAUGCAAGUGUGACUGCCAUGGAGGAGCCAAUGCCCUGUGGUCUGCAGGUGCCACCUCCUUAGACUGCAUACCAGAAUGCCCCUAUCACAAGCCCCUCGGUUUCGAGUCAGGAGAGGUUACAGCAGAUCAGAUCACUUGCUCCAACCCGGAGCAGUAUGUGGGCUGGUAUUCAUCAUGGACUUCUAGCAAGGCCCGGCUCAACAGCCAAGGUUUUGGGUGUGCUUGGCUCUCCAAGUUCCAGGACAGCAGCCAGUGGCUACAGAUAGAUCUGAAGGAGAUCAAGGUGAUUUCAGGGAUCCUCACCCAGGGACGCUGUGACAUCGACGAGUGGAUGACCAAGUACAGUGUGCAGUAUAGGACUGAUGAGAGCCUGAACUGGAUUUACUAUAAGGAUCAAACCGGAAACAACCGGGUCUUCUAUGGAAACUCGGACCGGAGCUCCACAGUCCAGAACCUGCUGCGGCCCCCUAUCAUUUCCCGCUUCAUCCGACUCAUCCCGCUGGGCUGGCAUGUCCGCAUUGCCAUCCGCAUGGAGCUGCUAGAGUGCGUCAGCAAGUGUGCCUGAGGCCUCAAGCUGGCACCUGCCAGAGGGUAGAGAUUACAAGGGGCCCGUGGGAGGACCCUUGACACACCAAUGGG